AAAGUUAUAAUCAGGCUGUAUGAUCUCAAUAUCCUUUGUGUUCGCAUUAAGGGAAUAUUAUCCAAAAAAACGUGUCAAUCAUUGUCAAAUUUUACGCGCCAAAUAUUGCAGCUAGCCAGCGAUUUUGUUGUUUUGUAUAAAAAUUACUAAAAUACAAUACAUAUCUCUGUAAGUACAUACAAUGGAAGGAUUUGAUGAUCCGGGUGUUUUCUUUUCUGAUAACUUCGGCGUUGAAGAGAAUGAAUCUCAAGAUCAAGUUAACCUUCAAGCCGUGAAAAAAAAGUUCAAAGAGUUUAUUCGCCAAUUUCAUACAGGGAAUUUUAACUACAAAUACAGAGAUGCUUUGAAACGGAACUAUAACUUGGCAAACUAUUGGGUUGAAAUUAACAUUGAAGACUUAUCUAGUUUCGAUGAAGUAUUAGCUGAAAAGUUGUACAAGAAACCAUCAGAACAUUUACCAAUUUUAGAAGAAGCAGCCAAAGAGUUAGCGGAUGAACUAACAGCACCAAGACCAGAAGGUGAAGAAAAAGUAGAGGAUAUUCAAGUGCUACUCUCUUCAGAUGCACAUGCAGCAAAUCUGCGUGAACUCAAAUCUGAGACAGUAUCGAGACUUGUCAAAAUCCCUGGAAUAGUAAUAUCAGCAUCAGGAAUCAAAGCGAAAGCUACAAAAAUAUCAAUUCAGUGUAGAUCUUGUCGUAAUAUCAUACCAAAUCUGCCAGUGAAACCAGGUCUUGAGGGCUAUGUAUUGCCUAGAAAGUGCAACACUGAACAAGCUGGUCGACCAAAAUGUCCAUUAGAUCCUUACUUUAUCAUACCGGACAAAUGCAAGUGUAUUGAUUAUCAGGUGCUGAAGCUACAAGAGGCACCAGAAAGCAUCCCGCAGGGCGAGAUGCCUCGGCAUUUAUCCGUUUACUGCGAACGGGUGCUGUGUGAACGCGUAGCGCCGGGCGCGCGCGUCACAGUACUAGGAAUAUAUUCCAUUAAGAAAAUCGCCAAAAUUGGACGAGAGGGACGCGAAAAAGGGUCAGUGGGUGUUCGUUCGUCAUACGUUCGCGCUGUGGGACUCACCGCUGAAGAAAGCGUGACUGGUGGCCUCAGACCUUUCACCGCAGACGAGGAGGAGCAAUUCCGAAGGCUUGCCGCCUCGCCCGACAUAUACGAAAGGAUAGCAAAGUCCAUCGCGCCAAGUGUCUUCGGCGCUGUAGACAUGAAGAAAGCCAUCGCCACUCUGCUGUUUGGUGGAUCUCGUAAACGCUUACCCGACGGAUUAACGAGGCGCGGUGACAUCAACAUACUGUUGCUCGGUGAUCCGGGCACGGCCAAGUCACAACUGCUGAAGUUUGUUGAGAAAGUGGCCCCGAUAGGGGUUUAUACUUCUGGCAAGGGCUCGAGUGCGGCCGGUCUCACCGCUUCGGUUAUUAGAGAUCCGGGGAGCCGCAAUUUUGUAAUGGAAGGCGGCGCUAUGGUUCUAGCAGACGGCGGGGUCGUUUGUAUAGACGAAUUCGAUAAGAUGCGAGAAGACGACCGCGUCGCUAUACAUGAAGCCAUGGAACAACAAACCAUAUCCAUUGCCAAGGCGGGUAUAACAACUACCCUCAACUCGCGGUGCUCCGUACUCGCCGCCGCAAAUUCCGUGUUCGGCCGCUGGGACGACACGAAGGCAGAGGACAAUAUCGACUUCAUGCCGACGAUCCUUUCUCGAUUCGACAUGAUAUUCAUUGUGAAAGACGAGCACGAUCAGAGCAGAGAUAUUACGCUAGCAAAGCACAUAAUCUCCGUGCACAUGGGCGGCGACACCACCGAGCGCGAGGCGGCAGCCGGCGAGCUUCCAUUAGCCGUACUGCGUCGUUACGCUGCGUACUGCCGCGCGCGCUGCGGGCCGCGCCUCUCCCCCAGCGCCGCGGAGAGACUGCGCGCCAGAUACGUCCUCAUGCGCACCGGCGCCGCGCAGCAAGAGCGCGACGCACACCGCCGCCUGGCCAUCCCUAUCACCGUCAGGCAAUUGGAAGCCAUUGUGCGGAUAUCGGAAUCCCUAGCCAAGAUGCAGUUGCAGCCGUUCGCCACUGAAGCUCACGUUACAGAGGCACUACGUUUGUUCCAAGUUUCCACUUUAGACGCCGCUAUGACUGGAAGUUUGGCUGGAGCUGAAGGAUUUACAACAGAAGAAGACCACGAAAUGCUCUCGCGCAUAGAGAAACAACUGAAACGGCGGUUCGCCGUCGGCUCUCAAGUGUCCGAACAGACGAUCAUACAAGACUUCCUACGGCAGAAAUACCCCGAGCGAGCCAUACAGAAGGUCAUCCACACCAUGAUAAGGCGCGGGGAACUGCAGCACAGAUUGCAGAGGAAAAUGCUGUAUCGACUCUCGUGAUCUAUCUUCAAUUUUAUGCUUUUGACCAGGUUUUUUUUUAUGUUCAUAAAAUAAAAUUAAGCGUUUCUUACAAAAUAAUA